AUGACUGAAGGUCUGGCAGAGAACAAAGAAACAACUCACAUUGAACCUGUCAAUGAACCUGUGCCUGAAAAGAAGGUGAUUGCAACCCAGGAAGAAGCAGCCGUGCUGGCAUCAGCAUCAGCAAUAGCAACCACGGCUACUACGGUAAGCACAGAGCCCAUGACGACGACUACUAUGGCGACUGCUGCGGAUACGGUAAACAUGCCAACACAAGCAGCAGCAGUAGAUUCAGAUACCAUCAUGUCAUCUCUGCCUGAUGAACACACAUCUACUGCAGCAUCAGCAACAACAGACGACAAGAUGGACGCUAUCAAUGACAAACAAGCAGCUCAAGUACAGAAAUUCCUUGCUGCUCCAGUCAAUUGCAAACUCUUUGUGGAAAAGAUUACCAUAUCCAAAGGCGUAGAAGAAUCUGAAUUCAGAAGAGCAGAAAUCCUGUCUUCGCGUGAUACACCAGCCCAUGGACUGGAGUACUAUGUGCAUUACACUGAAUUCAACAAACGUUUGGAUGAGUGGGUCUCCAUCAAGCGUCUCGAUUUCUCCAGACCUAUUGAAUUUCCAGCACCCAAAAAGAACCCCAAGGAUGGAGCAGCAGCAGCAGCAGCAGCAGCAGCAACACCAACCAAAAAAGGCAGAGCUGGUACUCCCUCUGGAGGUGGUAGAAAGAAGAAGGAUCAGCAAGACGAACACCGUGUCGACAAGGUGGUGUUGGGCAAUGAAGACGAGCACGAUCAAACCGUAGAGAUGGAAGUAGCUGAUCACCACGACGAACACGACGAAGAAGACGAAGAGCACAAUACAUUCUCUAAAGACCAUGAAAUCGAAAAGCUACGAACAUCUGGAUCCAUGACACAGAGUGUACAAGAGAUUGCUCGUGUCAAAAACCUCAACAAGAUUCAAAUGGGACAGCAUGAAGUAGAGGCGUGGUAUUUCUCGCCUUACCCUAUUGAAUACGCGUACUGCGACAUGCUGUACAUUUGCGAGUUCUGUCUCUCCUUUUAUGUGUCGCAUAAGCAACUGAGCAGACACAGAGCACGCUGUCAACUACACCACCCACCUGGUAACGAAAUCUAUCGCCAUGAUGAAAUCUCCUUUUUCGAAAUUGACGGACGAAAGCAAAAGACUUGGUGCAGAAACCUCUGUCUAUUGUCCAAGCUGUUUCUGGACCACAAAACGCUUUACUACGAUGUGGAUCCAUUCUUAUUUUACUGCAUGACAGAGCGAGACGAGAAGGGAUAUCACUUAAUUGGGUACUUUUCCAAAGAAAAGGAGUCUUCGGAAAGUUACAAUGUGGCCUGUAUCCUGACAUUACCACAGUACCAACGCCUCGGAUACGGUAGACUACUGAUCGCCUUUUCGUACGAACUCUCCAAAGCGGAAGGACGCACUGGGUCUCCCGAGAAGCCGCUGUCUGAUCUGGGCCUGCUAUCGUACCGUGCCUUUUGGACAGAGACCAUUGUCGAGUUUUUACUAAAUUCAACCGAGGAAAUUACAAUUGAAGAAAUUUCACAUCGAACCUCCAUUACAACACAAGACAUCCUACACACAUUACAGAACAUUGGCGCUUUAAAAUACUACCGUGGUCAGCAUAUUAUUUGUUUGGGCGAUAAGGUCAUUGAGCAAUGGGAACGAAAUGACGAAAAAAAGAGACGCAGAAAACGAGUGAUUGUGCCAGGCAAAUUGGACUGGAAGCCCAUUCAUUUUACACCAGCUCAAUUGAGAUUUCUUUAA